CAAGGACUUGCACAACGUGAGCAAAGGAACAGUUGAAAUGGAGCGUGAUGCUCUUGUGUAUAUUGGUAAAGAAGAUGACAUAAAAAAGUCCCAAAGAAUAACCACCAAGGUCAAUGGCAGAGAAGUUGUUGUUUUCCACCAUGAAGGGAAAUUUUAUGCUAUGGAUGCUCGCUGCUACCAUGCAGGAGGUCCUUUACAUCUUGGAGAUAUAGAGGAUAUCAAUGGUCAAUCAUGUAUUAUUUGUCCUUGGCAUCAGUAUAAAAUUACUUUGGAAACAGGAGAAGGAUUAUAUCAAGCCAUAAACCCUUUGGAACCAUCACCAACACCACGAUGGCUAUCAAAAGGAGUGAAACAAAGGAUUCAUAAAGUUACUGUAGACAACGGAAAUAUUUAUGUGAGUCGUCCAGAUUUGUCUGUAAGCUUUGACUCGGACUAUUAUGCUGACAAGUACAAAAGUAAUGGUGAUUUCACUGCGGAAAAAUAAAGCAAAUCGCAAGUAGCAG